AUGGAUCAUCCCUUUUCGCCUUCCCCAUGUGACCGGCCAGCUAAGAGACAGUGUCUGGUUUCCCACGACCCAGAAGAUGAGAACAAGUUGCAAAGCCAUCCACAGCAAUCCUCAAACGGCACAAUCAACGUACUCGAGGUACCAGUGCGCACACCAGGUUCCCUUACGGCGGAGUUCAUGAAGCUUCUACACCACAACGACGCCCUAGCUACACCAGCCCUCAAUCUGCUCGAUUUGUACUUUUUCCUGUGGGAAUGCUACGUCGUCAAAUCUGCCGAGAAGAUACGACUUGAGGAUGAGCAGCGACAGCUUCAAGGGUUAAAUGAGGGGCUAGCAAGCGACAGCGACAUCCUUCUACAGCUCUGCGAUGAGCAGGCAUUGAUACUGUGGGACCGAAAGCGAGCAGUUCAAGCACUUUGUAACGGCGUCGUUUCAGCCUUGCAAGCAAGCGAUCACAAAGCCUUCCAUGUUAAUGGGCCUGAUUUGGAUUUCGACCUUCACGGCAUCUGGCAAGACUCCUCUGGCAUACCGACACUGCCCCCCUGUCUCGCCACCGACCCUGGUAAGGCUCGACAGAUUUUCUCGGAUGAAGGUGAGCCUGCAGGACAUGAUACUCAACGUGCUUCCGUGAUCGAAUGCCUUUUGCACCCCACUUACGACGAGCUGUCGGCCUUCAAGUGGAUGGGUCCAGAUCCUCUGUCCGUGUCUACUCAGGCUAGCGACAUGUUUCUCUACAUGUCAGCGUUCGCUUUCCCUAUAGAAUGCGAUUUCGAGAGGAUAGGAGAGCAUCUGUUCUUCCUACCCCGGAUUGAAACAGCCCUGAGGAAUCUCUGUCGGGUACGCGGACAGUUGCUAGACACGAUCUCUCGGCCUGAUUUUGGUGCAAUAGGCACUAGUUUCCGACUGUCCCUGUGGCCUCUCGACACUUUCUCCGCGAGCUACGCUACCGACGACACUGUCUCUGAGUUCGGACUAUUUGUGCAUAAUAUAUUGGGUGAUUACAAGUAA